AUGGCUUGUUCCCAAAUUUCUCUGAGCCGUUCCUGGAUUUAUCCCACCACCAUCCUCUGCUUAUUUGGGUUUUUCUCCAUGAUGAGACCUUCAGAACCCUUCCUUUUCCCGUAUUUAUCUGGACCAGAUAAAAACUUGACCAGUGCAGAGAUAACCAAUGAGAUCUUUCCUGUGUGGACAUACUCUUACCUGGUGCUGCUGCUCCCCGUAUUCAUCCUCACCGAUUUUGUCCGCUACAAGCCGGUCAUCAUCCUGCAGGGCAUCAGCUAUAUCAUUACCUGGCUGCUGCUCUUGUUCAGCCGCAGCGUGCAAGCCAUGCAGGUGGUGGAGUUCUUCUACGGAUUAGUCACCGCCACCGAGGUGGCCUACUUCGCCUAUAUCUACAGCAUGGUCAGCCCAGAGCACUACCAGAGAGUGAGCGGCUACUGCAGGGCUAUCACGCUGGUGGCCUACACGGCAGCCUCAGUGCUGGCCCAAGUCUUGGUGUCCCUGGCCAAAAUAUCGUACUUUCACCUCAACGUCAUCUCCUUAGUCUCUGUCUCCGUAGCUUUUCUUUUCUCACUUUUUCUACCAAUGCCCAGAAAAAGCAUGUUUUUUCAUGCAAAACCCAGCAGAGAAGUCCAGAAGCCAUCAAGUACAACUGCAGUGGUAGAUGAGUCACCCAAGGGCGAAGCACCCCACUGCAACACAGAGAAACCCGCUUCGGAAAUGGCCACCGCUUCGGGGAACUGCGAGGAUGGGCAGUUGAACGGCCCAAAGCCAGAAAACAUCGCUGUGAGAGUUUUUGUGCAGUGGUUCCAAGAUUUGAAGGAGUGCUACUCCUCCAAGCAUCUUUUUUACUGGUCCCUGUGGUGGGCUCUUUCCACGGCAGGUUUUAACCAGGUUUUGAACUACGUUCAAAUCCUGUGGGACUACAAGGCACCGUCCCAAAAUUCUUCCAUCUAUAAUGGGGCUGUAGAAGCUAUCGCAACCUUUGGAGGGGCCAUAACUGCCUUUGCAGUGGGUUAUGUGAAAGUCAAUUGGGACCUCCUGGGAGAGCUGAGCCUGACGGUCUUCUCAGUGGUCAACGCCGGCUCCCUGUUUCUCAUGCACUACACGACCAACAUCUGGGCGUGCUAUGCUGGCUACUUGAUAUUCAAGUCCAGCUAUAUGCUUCUUAUAACCAUAGCAGUAUUUCAGAUUGCCGUCAGUCUGAGUGUGGAACGAUAUGCCCUGGUAUUUGGAAUCAACACCUUCAUUGCCCUGGUGAUUCAGACCCUUCUUACUGUGAUCGUUGUGGAUCAGAGAGGGCUCAACCUGCCGGUCAGUGUCCAGUUUUUGGUUUAUGGGAGUUAUUUUGCCGUCAUUGCUGGAAUUUUCCUUAUUAGAAGCAUAUACAUUAUCUACUCAGCCAAAUGCCAAAAGGAAGCGCGGAGUUCUCUUGUGAGUCAAUGCACAAGAGCCACACAAGAGGGACCAAGGAAUGUCAUCUAAUCUUAUGUUACAACUACAGCCUCUCAUCAAGAACUGUGCUGGUCACAAUGUUAUUAAGUGCCAUAAAUUGACACUCUUCACAAGUGCGGAUUCCGAUGAACCUUUUCAAAACCACAACAAAAUCUCCGCUUUAGGCCUGUUAUCUUUAUGUCCAGCUGAACUGGAUGCAGCCGACAGGGCCCAAUAAUCUCAGUUAAACAACCCACCUUGGGACCCC